ACACCUGAUUUUGGGUGGGGGGUUUUGAACCAAAUAUUUUGAUUCCUCAAAGAAUAAUGGCCUUAUCCCGAGCCAAGCCCGAAGAACUGCCCAAGGAUGCGGUUGUGAUCACAGAGGAUCAGGCCCUCAAGUACCAGUGGAAGAUCAUAACCGCCUGGGACAAAAUCGGCGAUGUGUGGUCCCUGCGAUACACCCCCGGAAUUCUGGCCGCCCUGGCUGCGGGAACGGGGGCCUACAUCAAUAACCAUUAUCGUACGAAGCUGCGACUGGGCGGACAUGGUCGGUUGUCCAGUUACCUGCCGAUUGUCGCCGUUCCCGCCAUUUUCACCAUGCUGACGCACAAGUUCUUCAUCCAGCGGCCCAUUCUGCUGAAUCCCCUGGGCGAGUGCCCGGUGUGCAUCCAAGUGCGGAGUGCCGCCUUCCAGACGAGUCUGGGCAUUGUGUAUCCCACGAUCCUGGCUCCCUUCGCCGCAUUUAUGUUCGCCACCCGCUGCUACACGUACCGCAUGCCCUCGAUCACGGAGAGUCCGCGCGAGGUGUUCCAGCUGUGGCGCAAGAUCACCCGCCCCAUUGUCCCCGCCCUGGGCACCAUCAUCUGCCUGCAGGCCCUGCUCACCAUGUUCCUCACCGGCCAGGAGGACAAGCAGAACUUCAAACUGAUGCUGCGCAUGAGGGAGAUCGAGCACCAGCUGGAGGAGGAGCACAUGCCCCAGAGAUUCGACUUUUAAUUGUUAUACCCUGUUGACUAGAUGAAAUAGA